AUGGCCAUUCGUUUCACGGUGAACAAAUUUCCGCUAGAUCCGGAAUCGCGCGAUGCGACGGGUCUCCCGUGGGGCUGCGUCGUCCAACCAUUCGCUCUAGAUGACGAAGCGGGUAUUCCGGGAAGCGGCGUCGCAGCUAGCGUCGGCACCGGCGGAAGCAGCAUUCGAAAAUCGUCUUCUAACUCCUCUUUCCCGCGCUUCGGCUCGUCGUCGUCUCUUAAUUCUGCGUCUGGCGGCACGGCUCUGCAGCCGCUUCCCGCGGCGCUUUCGCCGGCGCCGCUUCCGCUAGCUGAUGACGUGGCGCGGUGCGAGGAUUGCUAUGCGUAUAUCAAUCCGUACUGUGCGAUCGAUCGGUUUUCGUGGCGGUGCUCGCUGUGCGACGUCGUGAAUCCGUUCAGCGACGCGGAGCUGCGUCGCUACGGGGGAUCGAACGUCGCAGACGUCGCAGAGCUGUCGCACACGCUCGUCGAGCUGGACGUUGCCGCGGAGGGCGACGCUGACGAAGUGGAAUUCGAGCAAGGAGAGUCGCAGGGCGACGGAGAGGUCGCAGGUUCCAUUCCGCAUGGGUUGGGAGAGCCAAUUAGCAGCUGCCACGUGUUGGACGAAGCGGAAAUUCGCAAGCGGCCGGUGUAUAUCGCCAUGGUUGACGUGUCAGGCUCAGAGGAGUUUCUGGAACUCGUUAAGAGCUCGCUGCUGGCCGCGUUAGAAGCGCUCUCGCCUGCUGCACUGUUCGGGCUGGUUACGUUCGGAAGCAAGGUGGGUCUGUACGACUUACAGGGCCCGGUGGCAGCAGUCAAAUCUGUCGCCAUCCCCCCCUCCUCCUCCCUCCGCCUGCCUCUAGCCCUGGGCGACCUCCUACCUCUGCACCUCACCCCCUACUCCACCCCACCCCUCCCCACCACUCCCCACUCCCCCCCUUCCCCUAUCAGGUCGGUCGGCCUUUAUGACCUACAAGGCCCCGUGCCAGCAGUGAAAUCCGUCGCCAUCCCCGCCUCCUCUGCUCACCGCCUGCCCCUAGCCCUGGGCGACCUCCUCCCUCUGCCUGCUUUCCUCGCGUCCCUCUCGCGCCACAAGGAGCACGCAGCUGUCGGCCUUUAUGAUCUACAAGGCCCCGUAGCAGCAGUGAAAUCCGUCGCCAUCCCCGCCUCCUCUGCUCACCGCUUACCCCUAGCCCUGGGCGAUCUCCUCCCCCUCCCCGCCUUCCUCGCGUCCCUCUCACGUCACAAGGAGCACGCAGCUGCUGCUCUCGAAACCCUCCGCCCCGACCCUCCUCCCCUCGAUUUGGACGCGUCUGGAGGGGGGAAGGGCGGUGGGGGGAAGGGAGGAGCGGCGCAGGGCGCGGGGGGGAAGGGCGGAGGGGGGAAGGGAGGGAAGGACGCGGAGAGAGGGGGGAGGAAGGACGGUGUUAGGGGCUUCGGAACGGCUUUGGACGCUUUAAUUAGGUAUUUAGGGGGUAUGGAGGAUGGUCCGAGUGCUAGAAUAGCCAGAGGCCUCCGAGCUGACGUCAUCAAUACCAGUGGAAGUGGCGGCGGUGGUGGGGGUAACGUGAGUAUCGCCGCAGCAGCAGCGGCAGCAGCGGCCGCAGGGGAAGUAGGCCCGUUUGUAGGGGCCAGAUUACUGGUUUUCCUCUCUGGAGCCCCGAACCAUGGUAUGGGGGCGUUGAGUACGGUUCGGUACGAUACAGCUCUCGCCAGCCUGGCUGUAGCGGCGAGUCAGAGAAGCAGGAGCGCCAAGGAUGUAGCAGACCCGGUUGUAGCGGAUAAGGGGUUGCUACAGGAGCAGACGCCGUUUUAUAGGGAGCUGGCUGCGGCUGCGGUGCAAGCGGGGGUGUGCGUGGAUCUGUUUGCUGUACCGACCUCUCUCCGUUGCUUAAGUGUGGAAAGCGGGGGUACUCUCUUUCUUUACCCUUCUUUAGACGAGGCUACCCUCCCUCAAGACAUAUACCGCAUGCUCUGCCGACCCUCCGCUUUCGGCGGGGUGCUCCGGCUCCGAACCUCCCGGGAGCUUCGGGCCGUCCGAGCCUACGGUCACUUCUUCCCCGAUGCUCAGUAUGAGAAUCUUUAUCAUAUCAUUAGAUGUGAUCCAUUUGAUUCGUACGCAUUUGACUUGGAGUUUCAGGGGAAGGCUGGGUUUGGGGUGAAGGGGAGGGCUGGGAGAGAGAAGGGAGGGAGUGGUGGUGGUAACCGGGGAGCAGUGUUACAACUGGCGUUUCAGUAUACUGUGAUCAUUCCGGUGGAAGGGGGAGGGGAGAGGGGCGAGGGGGUUGGGGGGGGUAACGGGGCGGCUAGUAACGGGGAUGGGGCUGCUACAGGUCAUCCGGGCAUCCCUGGAAGAGGGAUUAAGGGAGGGCAGACUCCCUUCCGUCCCUCUCCUUGUCCCUGUCCCUCUCUCUUUUUCUCUCUCCCCACUGCUCCUCAGGUCAUCCGGGCAUCCCUGGAAGAGGGAUUAAGGGAAGGCAGGUUGCUCCUGCAGGACUGGCUGGUUAUCAGAGCGUCCCUUGAGGAAGGAGUAAGGGAAGGCAGACUCCUCCUGCAGGACUGGCUGGUCAUUCUCACGGCCCACCACAACCACGCCUUCGGACUCGCCCAGUUCAACCAGCCCUUUCCAUCCCCUCCCUCUUCCUUCCCACAGGUCAUUCGGGCAUCGCUGGAAGAGGGAGUACGGGAAGGCAGGUUGCUCCUGCAGGACUGGCUGGUCAUUCUCACGGCCCACUACAACCACGCCUUUGGCCUCGCUCAGUUCAACCAACCCCACUCGGUGACUCGCCUCGACGUCUCCUUCUCAGCCUGCCCGCAGCUGCAGCCGCUGCCGCGGCUGGCUUUUGCUCUCCUGCGCUCGCCGCUGCUGCAGCUGCCAAGGGAAGGGGUUCACCCUGACCUGCGCACGUUCCUGCACUGCUUAUACGGUUCUCUAGAUCCUUCAUUCCUCAUGCGGGCUGUCUACCCCGUCCUCUCCUCCUACACCACUCCCGACCGCCCCGCCUUCCCCCGCCACUCCCUGAGCCGUGCUGCCCUCGUCACCAGCGGGAGCCCCAUUUUCCUCCUCGAUGCAUUCAGCACCAUCAUCAUCUUUUAUUCGCCCGCCGCUCCCCCCGACCUGCCCUUCCCACCACCACAAACAAGCUUGCUGCGGACGACCAUCAACCGGCUGAAGGCCGACCGCAUAAUCACGCCGCGUACAAUCACCAUCCGGGGAGGCGUGGACAGCACAGCCCCCUUUGAGACGUUUCUGAUCGAGGAGCAAGAUGUGGAUGGGGACGUGGAGGGCGGGGCAGUGGGCAUGGGGUUUGUUGCGUUUCUUGAAUCGAUUGCUCGCGAUGUGCGUGAAUACAUGAAGUAG